UUAGAGAGGUGUAUUGCUGUAACUUUAUCAGAUCAGUUGCGCAACACAUUUGAAAGAAAAACUCUCGGAUUUCCAAAUAGGGGACUUUCAUGAAUUGGAAACUCAUUGUGCUGGUUAUAAAAGCAGCUGAGACUCUACCUGACAGUCAUCAUAUGUUAGAUCCUUACAGAAGAGCAAUGAACAUUAAGCUGUUCCUUCUCCUGCUGGUUCCCGUGGCGACCAGCUGCUCAGAUCUCAGCCUCCCUCUGGACUGCAACGACGUCUACAACCAAGACACCAGCCGACCCAGUGGAGUUUACACCAUCUAUCCCAUCGGGAGCACGUCGGCAGUCCAGGUCUACUGCGACAUGAACUCUCUGGGAGGAAAGUGGACGGUUUUCCAGAGGAGGAUGGACGGCUCCGUGAACUUCUACAGGCCCUGGAAUCAGUACAAGUUCGGCUUCGGGAACGCGGCGGGAGAAUACUGGCUGGGUCUGGAAAACGUCUUCCACCUGACUAAGAGGAGAACAGAGCUGCUGAUCGACAUGGAGGACUUCGAUGGAAACAAGGUGUAUGCUCGUUACACCUCGUUCUCCGUGGGCCCAGAGUCUGACGGCUACAGACUUCACCUGACUGGAUUCACUAAUGGAGGGGCAGGAAACUCUCUGAGUCUCAUCGAUGGACAAAAGUUCUCGACAUUCGAUAAAGAUCAGGACACCUGGGUGAACAACUGCGCCCGAUCGUUCCUUGCAGGGUUCUGGUACUCCGAUUGUCACGACGCAAACCCAAACGGCGUGUACCUCUGGGGGGCCGACAGCACUCUUUAUGCCAUCGGAGUGGAGUGGAUUUCCUGGAAGGGCCGGGGCUACUCUCUGAAGGCCAUCAGCAUGAAGAUCCGUCCAGUACAGUGAGCUGGGAUGGGAUUGAAGACUCGUCAGAAGUUUCCAGGAACACCAGAAAGGGAUUUCCAGCAAUUCUGCAGGACGUGAUGAAAGAAGCUGGGCGAAAGUUUGGACUCAAACAAAUACUGGAGAAAUGGUCAGAGGCAUGUGCAACCGGUCAGAAUAGUCCCACUCAGGCACUGAACUCAGAAGGAGCUCAGUAACGUAACGUAAAAGUUGCGGUUUCCCUAUUCAUCCAUCAGAUGUCGCUAUUGUACCUGUCCGAAUUUCUUCUGUUUCUGUCAGUGAAACUGCUUUGAUUCGUGAGCUAAAUAAUAACCUCUUUUUCACUGAACAAAUAGAAUAAUGUUAUCUGAUUUUUUUUACCUUCUAAAUGUAGUCCAGAUGUGAAAGAAUUAGCUCAUUUAUCCUCAAACCAACAACAUUGUGUCGUUACAGCCUAAAUCAGAACCUUUCAGUGUCGCUGCCUCUGUAGAAUGAAGUGAAAUCAUUCCAGUGUAAUUAUUAAAUAUUGAGUUUGUGGUUUUAGUUAAAAGUGGACAUUAACAAAAAAAUAAAAAACACGUCUUUUACGGGGA